CUGGUCAGAACACGCAUUCCGCGCAGCGCAAGGCUAGUUGCACGAGAGAGAGAGAGAGAGAGAGAGAGAGAGAGACUGCACCAGCUCGCGCUGUUCCUCUUCAGGAUUUGGAGAUUAAAGUAAAGAAUGGUGCUCGGUGUUCCGUUUUCCGGACAUGUUGCACGGUUGAAGACCGGAUUUACGCGCGCGCACUAGCCCGGUUUAAACCUGUGAGUGGAUUAUAAAGGAAAACUUUUUCUGUUCUUUUUCUUUUUUCUUUAACUCCCGGAUUUUGCCCACUGACCGGAUUUAAACGUCGUCUCGCGCGCGCGCCGUUUCUGCUCCAGCCGCUCGCUGUAAGGAGAGACAGAGGGAGGAAGAAGAGAUAGAGAAAGUGAGAAGCCGUCCGUGUCAUGGCCUCUGACCUGUGAUCAUCACUGCGAGCUUCCUGCACCGAGACUCAUCCACUGAUCAAGAUGAAGAGCGAGUUUGUGUCGUUUCCGGUGUGCGUCGUCACGCUGCUCACGCUUGCUCUGUCUCAGCACUGCGUCGCCAUCCGAUGGCUGGCUGUAUCCCAGACAUCGGAGCACAUUAAUAAGACGCAGCAGUGUAAGACUCUCCCUGGCCUGGUUCCCUCACAGGCUCAGCUCUGCCGCACUAACCUGGAGCUCAUGCAGGUCAUCGUCCAGGCCGCACGUGAGGUCAAAAAGACGUGUCAGAAAACAUUCACUGACAUGCGCUGGAACUGCUCAUCCAUCGACGCUCCCAAAUAUCUCCCAGACCUGGAGAGAGGAACGAGGGAGUCUGCGUUCGUGUACGCUCUCUCUGCCGCAGCUAUCAGCCACACCAUCGCCCGAGCGUGCACCAGCGGAGAUCUGAGGCUGUGUACCUGCGGCCCGAUCCCAGGUGACCCCCUCGAGCCUGGGCACAGGUGGGGCGGCUGUGCCGACAACCUCCACUUUGGCCUCGUCAUGGGAUCAAAGUUCUCAGAUGCUCCCAUGAAGAUGAAGAAGAAAACUGGGCUUUCACACCCAAACAAACUAAUGCACCUGCACAACAGUGAAGUGGGACGACAGGCACUCAAGGAUGCGCUGGUGAUGAAAUGUAAGUGUCACGGCGUCUCAGGCUCCUGCUCCAUCCGAACCUGUUGGCGAGGUCUACAGGACCUGAAGGAAAUUGCUCAGGACCUAAAGGUGAAGUACCUGUCGGCCACCAGAGUGAAGCACCAGCCACAAGGGACACGUAAACAGCUCGUCCCCAAAGACAUCGAUGUGCGACCGGUGCGAGAGAACGAGCUGGUGUACCUACAGAGCUCACCUGACUUCUGCACCAAGAACGAUAAGAUGGGAUCUGUCGGCACUCAGGACAGGCAGUGCAACAAGACGUCGAGCGGGAGCGACAGCUGUGACCUGAUGUGCUGCGGCCGAGGCUACAACCCCUACACGGAGAAGGUGGUGGAGCGAUGCCACUGCAAGUACCACUGGUGCUGCUACGUCACCUGUAAGAAGUGUGAGAGGACUGUAGAGAGAUACGUGUGUAAAUGAGGCUCUCACACACACACACACACACACACACACACACACACACACUUCUGCAUCAGGAGCUCUGAUCAUCCGUCUUUAACCAAAAGCACUACACAGAAACUCAUCGUUUCUCUUCAGCUCUUUUUUUUUUUUAUAUUUUCUGACCAACCCACUGACCGGACCAUCCUGCAUUUUAGGAAGCUCCAGCUCCUGGACUCAUCAUCACAUCAUCUGGAGGUUUAUUUUUAUACAGUACUCCAGGUUUUUUAUUAACAUCACACAUUUUCUGUACACCAUCCGUCAGUCCUGAAGAGAACAGUGUCAUGUUGUUGUUGUUGUUGUUUUAAAGCAUCUGUUAAUCAGAAUAUCAAGAGUUUAUUUUCUUAUAUGAUAUUCUAAAUGAAAAGCUUUAUUUUUAUUUUUUAGUAUAAAUAUUGCAAAGAAAACCCGAGCCCAGAGAUCGGACUACUUUCACUUCACAUUUCACUUCAUUCUCAAAGACUGAACUCCUCCUGAGAGAAACUCUGUCCCUCUGACACACAGGGUUUCUGUCUGCUGCAUUCACACUGCGUUCACACUGCAUUCACACUGCGUUCACACUCAAGUCUGCUUUUCAGGAUUUAGUGAAAAAAACAAACCAGAGAUCAGAUGUCUUUUUUUUUUGGUUUGUUGAUCUACAGAGAAUUUUACACAGGUUUUAAACUUUGAGCAGCUUCCUGAGUGUGUAUGUGUGAGUGUGUGUCUGUGUGUUCCUGAGUGUGUGUUACUGACCAUUCCCAUGUGUGUGUUUCUGAGUAUGUGUGUGUUUUCCAGACUCUUCCCAUGUGUGUCUGUGUGUGUGUGUCUGUGUGUGUUCCUGAGUCUGUGUGUGUGUGUCUGUGUGUGUUCCUGAGUCUGUGUGAGUGUGGGUUCCUGACUGUUCCUGUGUGUGUGUUCAUGUAUAUGAGUGUGCAUGUUCCUGAGUGUGUGUUCUUGACUGUUCCUGUCUGUGUGUGUUCCUGACUGUUCCUGUGUGUUCCUGUGUAUGAGUGUGUGCGUUCCUGAGUGUGUGUUCCUGACUGCUCCCGUGUGUGUGUUCCUGUGUGUCUUUGUCUGUGUUCCCGAGUGUGUGUUCCGACUGUUCCUGUGUGUGCGAUCCUUUGUGUGUGUGUGUGUGUUUGUGUGUUCCUGACUGUUCCCGUGUGUGUGUGUUCCUGAUGGUGGCUCUGUAGCGGUGCCUCCUCCCUCAUCUGGAUCGCUCUUCAGGAAACCGACACGCUUCAACUGGAUUGCAGUUUCGAUUUCUGGGAAAUUAGCACGCUUUGGGAGACGGUGCUUUGUUUUUUUAUUUUAUUUUAUUUUUGCAAGAAUGCGAGAGUUUAAUGGAAGAAGGAGAGAGACUGAACCAGACGUGAACUUGUCUGAGUCGUCCACAAAUAUGAUUUUAAUGGGAGAAAACAUCCGCAUUUAUAUAUUUAUCCUCAGCAGGAUGCUCGGACUCUACGUGUUUUUAUUCCGAGAUUUUAAUGCACGUGAAAAAAAAAGCCAAAAAAAAAAAAAAAAAAACCCUUCAUCAGCGCCACAUCAUGAACCACUUAUCUGUGGAUGUACAUACUGUCCUUUUUGUAUGCUGAAUUUAAAAAAAUAAUAUUUAUAGAGUAAUUAAAGAUUCUUUACUGGAGUUCCACCUAGUUGUUGUGCUUGUUCUUUUCUGUUGGUUUAGCUCAGGAAUGAUGGAGGACGUUGUGGAGGUUGCAGUUUAAAUGGUCAGCAUUACUGUAAUCAGUUUAAGUUGCCUCUCUUGAACAAAUACAAUUCAUCACAAUUUGGCCUGAUGCUAGAAUAAAUCAGCUGAAGCUGCGAGCAGGCCAGGGAGCGGACGCCUAGCAUGCUAACAACCCUGGGAAAGUGUUUAGAGACACAGCAGGAAGAAGAAGAAGAAGAAGAAGAAGGAGUGUUUCAGAGAAAAGCUCUUCCUGUUUUCUCGCUGUCAGACUCCUAGAUGUUCUGUAUCUAGAUGUUAUGUAGUUACACCUUUAAAACACUUCUUCAUAACACUUCUUCAGUCGGGACUUCUGUGGAACCUUCAGUUCACUCUGAGGGGAAAAGGGAGAAAGCAAAAAGGGGGGAAAUUUUUUAAUGAAUUAAAUAUUAACCGACAAAUAAAGACUAAAGCAGCAGAAGCUCAUAGAGAAUCGCAUUUCCUUUACGAUGUUUUUUUCACAUCAUUUGGGGUUUAAAUGUUUAUUUGUUGUGUUUUUCCUCCAUUGUGGUGAAGUCCAGCUACGCAAUAAAUCCUACUAC